AUGGCAUCUUCGACAGUGCCUUCUGGGCCCCCUCCGGGAUUCAUCCCGGGUACCGUUCAUCUAGUCGACCUUCAUGGAACGAUGUCAUCGCGUCACGCAGAUGGUGGUGCUCGAGACAUCGUUCUGAUCCCAACGCCAUCAAGCGAUCCCGACGAUCCUCUGAAUUGGUCACCACGUAGGAAGUUUCAGCAUCUCUGCUGCCUUGGUGUCUACUGUCUAGCCAUCGGCAUAGCUUCGGCUGCAAUCUACUCGGUUCUCGUGCCUAUCUCAGAAGCAACGGAUCUGACCCUCGGAGACCUGAACGCCGGCACUGGAUAUAUGUUCUUGACACUGGGUUGGGGAUGUUUAGUCUGGCAACCACUGGCCCAGAAGUAUGGCAAGCGUCCAGUCUAUCUGUUCAGCUUGAUUACAACUCUCUGGUUCACUCACGAGAGAGGCACCUACAUGGGCUACUACGCUCUGUUCCUGUGCGGCAGCAACUUUCUAGCCCCGGUCAUUGCCGGUUUCAUUAACGAUGGCCAGGGAUGGGAAUGGGUUCUCCACUGGUGCGCCAUUUUCUGCGGUAUUGGUUUCUUGAUAUGCUUCUUCUUCAUGGAAGAGACCAACUACCAGCGCAUGACUGUGUUGAAUGCAGAGUUGUACACCGAAGAUCCCACGGAUGCUUCCGUUGAGAAGGGCACCAAGGCUCCGUCCGACUCUGGACAUCCCACCCCAACUCAGGAUCACGCAACCACGACCUCGAGCAGCCCAACGCAGAAGACCUUUGUUGAAAAGAUUAUGCUUUUCCGCAAGCAGGACUUCGACAGCCGAGCGUCUCUCAAGGAUAUGGUUAUCCGACCUUUCAUCUACUUCUCGCUUCCCGUCGUCGUAUUCAGCGGGUUUGUAUAUGGGGCGAUCCUGUGUUACUUCAACGUCCUCAACGGCACGGCGUCUCUCAUUCUUUCGAGCCCUCCAUACAACUUCAGGGCUAGCAUCGUUGGACUAUCAUACGUUUCUUGUCUGAUUGGUGUUGCUAUUGGAUUCGUGUUCUCCGGCUACUUCGGCGAUUCUUUCACUCUUUGGAAGGCUCGCAGGAAUCAAGGCAUCAUGGAGCCCGAGUUCCGACUUUGGCUCUUUUCCGUACUGAUGGUCGUUGUGCCCGGCUCGCUCCUCCUAUGGGGUGUUGGGGCAGCUCACCAAGUCCAUUGGUUCGGCUUGAUAUUCGCGAUGGGAGCACUGAGUGCCGGUGUCACCGCUGGAUGCCAGCUGACUAUCACGUACUGCAUCGACUCGUACAAGGAACUUGGCGCAGAUGCCAUUGUUACAGUCAUCCUCAUUAGGAAUACCAUGAGCUUCGCAGUUUCAUACGGUAUCACUCCAUGGGUCACGGACAUGGGUUGGCAGAAUGCAUUUUUGGUGGCCGCUUUCGCAGCUCUAGCUGUGAUUUCUCUGUUCUUGGUAAUGAUAAAGAAGGGUCGCCAAUUUCGCCAAGAUAGUGCUGAGACCUUUUGGAAGUAUCGGCAACACGAGUGA